ACAAAGAGGCAGCCCAUUAGAGGGAGCACAGAGUUCCCCUGAAGAGCUGCAGAGUGUUUUUAAUGACUAAUUUCUAAUCAUUCAUUUUUGGGAAUAAUGACGGAUUAGGUGGUGUCUGAUGUUAACUUGGAGACUAUUAGAGCUUUAAAGUGACAGGAGAAACGCCUGUGCACAUUGGGGUGUGACCAAAGGGAUCAACACGGAUGGACCGGGGAUUUCUGAGGCUAAAGUGGACCUCUCAAAGCAAACAGAAAGAGUGAGUUACCUGCGGGAAGGGCACGGCACGCCCCAGCUCAGGUGGAACAAAUAGCGGACCUUUUUGCCCCUUUGCCUCGUUUUCCAGCCGUGUUUUUGCCUCUUGUGCCCGCUGAGAGCUGCACAGUCUCGUCUAGUGUCAACGUUCAGAGCAAUGACAGAGGAGACAGGUCUGGGUCAUUUUGUGUGUCACAAGUUAUGAUACUGAAGACAUUUGAAUGUGAGCUGUGAGUUCUGUGAGUCUAACAUGGAUGUAAAGAAGGAUGGAGGAGGAGGGUCGUGGUCAUCUUCAGGGACAUCCUCUGCUACUUGCAGCCCUGGCUGCUACAGGAGUGCCAUUAUAGCUUGCCUCCUCUUCUUUCUUAUUAUAGGCAUCCUUGUGGGUCUUCUUAUAGCAUACUCGGUGCAGGAGCCACAUUAUUUCAUGGAGACAGUGGAGCUGAAUGGUCUGAAGUAUAGUCCUGAUCUACAGGAUGAGAAUUCUGGUUUCUUCAUAAUACUUUCCUCAGCUUUAAAAUCCAAGAUUAAAAAUAUCUUCAUUGCCUCAUCUAUAUCACAUCACUAUGAUGACUGCAGCAUUGUUGCCUAUGGUAACACUAAUGGCAAUGUGAUGGUAACGUUUAGACUGGUCUUCAGGGUGUCUAAAAUCCAGCAGUAUUCAGAAAACUUUGUUUUGGACCUGCUGAGAGCAGGACUCAGCUCAGAAAUGAACGGGAAACCACUGGAGGUGCCGGGCUUCGGAGAGAUUAGCGCUAUCUUCUUAUUAGGAGCCAGUGGGAAGUCAUUUUAUGCAAUCGGAGAUGAUCCAAUAGCCAGGUGUCCUGAAAAUGCUUUCACCUGUGACAAUGGAGAGUGUGUCACUAAAAUAAAUCCAGAGUGUGAUUUCAUCCCAGACUGUGCAGAUGAAUCUGAUGAAGCUCAUUGUGCCUGUGGCACACGACCUGCCAUGGGGAGUCGGGUGGUGGGUGGUGAGGAUGCUCGGCAAGGGGAGCUGCCUUGGCAGGUCAGUCUGAGGCUCCAAGAACAACACACCUGCGGAGCCUCUAUCAUUAACGAGCACUGGCUAGUCACUGCAGCACACUGCUUUGAGAGAGACAAUGACCCCAAGGAGUGGACAGCCCUAGUUGGGGCAAACCUGGUCAGUGGUGAGGAGUCAGGGUCCAAAGUAGUUAACAUCAAGUCGAUAAUUGUGUCUCCAGACUACGACCCCAUGACCACCAACAAUGAUGUGACUGUGCUAGAGCUGGAGACCCCUCUCACCUUCAGCUCAAACAUCCAACCUAUCUGCAUACCCUCUUCAUCUCAUGUUUUUGCUCCUGGUCAGAGCUGCAUGGUGUCUGGAUGGGGUGCUCUGAACCAGUUUAGUUUCGCAGUGCCUCCCAUUCUGCAGAAAGCAGUGGUGAAACUCAUCGACUCCAAGGAGUGCAAUAAAUCUUCUGUGUACAGAGGUGCUAUUUCUCAAAACAUGAUAUGCGCUGGAUUCCUGCAGGGCAAGGUGGACUCGUGUCAGGGCGACUCUGGAGGGCCUCUGGUGUGUGAGGGGGCCCCGGGAAGGUUCUUCUUGGCUGGGAUAGUGAGCUGGGGUGUGGGAUGUGCCCAGAUCAACAGGCCUGGGGUUUAUUCCCGCGUCACCAGGCUUCGAAACUGGAUUCUAAAGCACACAGAUCCUAGUCUGGUUCAUGACUCCAUCCAGUAUGCUGCAUCUGUGCUACCACCAGCAAAAAUAGAGCCCUAUGGUCCGACUCCUGGGACUGUUUCCAUUAAUGUUUCCUCAGUACUAGCAUCACCUGCUGUGAACUGCAGUGGAAACUACCAGUGUAGUUCCACAUUCUGCAUUAACAAAGUCAACCCAGAGUGUGACAAAGUUCCUGACUGCCCCAACAAGCUUGAUGAAAGAAACUGUGACUGCGGUAUGCGUCCUGCACUGGGAUCUCAUAGGAUAAUAGGUGGAAUAACAGCUCGGAGGGGAGAGUGGCCUUGGAUUGGCAGUCUCCAGUACCAAAGACUUCACCGUUGUGGUGCCACACUCAUUCACAAUAAGUGGUUACUGACUGCAGCACACUGCUUCAAAAGUGAUCCCAGUCCAACUAACUGGGUAGUAAGCCUGGGAUCUGUGCUACGAUCUGGGGUAGGUGCCCUAGUCAUUCCCAUCCAGAGGGUAGUCAUCCACCCAUCAUUCAAUGGCACCAACAUGGACCAUGACGUGGCUUUGCUGGAACUGGCAGUUCCAGCCCCCAUGUCCUACACCAUCCAGUCUGUGUGUCUGCCCUCACCGGUGCAUCGCUUCCUGAAGAAUGCAGAGUGCUACAUCGCAGGUUGGGGAUCCAUGAGAGAAGGAGGUUCACUGACCAACUUGCUGCAGAAAGCUGCAGUAAACAUCAUUGACCAAGCAGACUGCCAGCAGUCUUAUGGAAGCGUGUUGACUCCUACCAUGAUGUGCGCCGGAUUCAUGGAGGGAGGCAGGGACACCUGUUUGGGAGAUUCUGGAGGGCCGCUGACUUGCCGUCACCUCUCUGGCCAGUGGUUUAUCGCAGGAGUGACCAGCUGGGGACAUGGAUGUGGACGAAUAGGUUUCCCAGGUGUUUACACUCGUGUCACAUCCAUCAGGAAAUGGAUAUCUACAUACCUACCUUUCUAAAGUGGGGAAAAAAAACAAACACUUGUGGGCGCCAAGGAUCAUAAUGGUGCAUCGUCUCUACAAAACUGUACUGUACAAGGAAUAAAGACACACACAGACUUGGUUAAUAUAUACUAUUGAUAUAUUUGACCAACUGGUAAUAGGUGCUUUUUGUUACACUGUGCAAUUGUCUGACUCGGAACAUUUUUCUUUUAUCAUGUACUGAAAAAAUAAUCAUAAGCUGUGGGUUAUGGACAUUUAGCCAAUGCAUGCAUGUCUGAAAGUAUUUAUUACAGUUAUUUAUUUUCCUGACUGGUAAAAA